AUGCCGGCCGCGACAGAGGCAGAGUCUCGCUCGCCCUCUCCCGCGCCUCCUCCACCGAUAGCAGACACACCCGGACCACGCGCCCAAGGUCUCAUAAGGAUCUACAAUCAAGCCGUCGAGGCGACGCUGAAGAAGUGUUCCACUGCCAAUUUUGCGUCGUGCUUCCCUACCGCCGCAGAACAAGCACCCGAGGUGCUGGAGAGUUUACGUAGCCAAGUUCUCAACCAGCUGCAACGAACAUGGAAGCUUAACUUCGAUGAAGUAAUGGCAAAGCGGAACGUUGUUCAGCUACUCAACUCUUUGGAUCAGUCUAUUGAGGACGCACGGCUGCGAAAGAAGCGCGCCGAGGCCAAUGGCGGGCCUGUCGAAACACCUGUGCCCCCGCAUACGUUACCGCCUGCAGAAAUCCACCUAGCGCACCUCAUGCCUUUCCUCGAGACGCAAGCCGCCGAAAUGAACACGCGACUUGCUGACACGCAGCAAGCCAACACGCAACUCCUCUCUACCGUCACGUCACAGCGAGCGGAGAUAGAAGCUCUGGUGCACGGGCUCGAGAACGUCAUUCGAGAUUUGGAGAUGAGUGCGCAGAUGAUGGGCCAGGAAGACGUUCAAAGCUUGAGCAAGGAGAUGAGAGAGUUCGAGAAAGAGAUGAAGAAGUGA